AUGGGAAUCGACUAUGACGGCAUUUGCUCGCGUUGUUACCGGAAGGAUGAGAAGCGUGGCCCGGACGAGCCUUAUUUCUUCUCUGCCGAAAAUCAACUUGACUUCGGCCCCGUACCGGCUCGAUUGCCUGAGCUCACGCCUACAGAGGAGUCAUUGAUUGCUCGCGUCCACGUCCAUGUGAACAUCAUGCUGGUGCGAGGGCAGCAGUACAAGUAUCGGGGGCAUGUCGUUCACUUUCUUCGCGAAGUUGGCUUGGUGUACAACCAGCUCCCGCUUCUGCCACGGGAGUUGAACACGGUGUUGCUACGCCCUGCCAACACGUCGUCACACCCCAAUCUGAGCCGGCAAUUUACCCACCAGUUCCGUGUGCGCCGCCAGGCCGUGAUGAUAUGGCUGGACUACCUCCGCCAUCAUCAUCCUGGCUAUCGAUGCAUCGCCAUUGGCAACGAGCGACUGAGCCAACUGCCCGAGGACGGCAAUGUGGUCGAUGCCAUCCCCCAGAGCCAGGUGGAGGCUGCCGAUGUGGGACCGGAAGAGGACCAGGAGGCAGAGCAUGAGCUAGAAGACGCGGCUGCGGUGCCUGACCUUUUGGCCAAGGACACGGAGCUCGAUGCUCUGCGGUCCAUCCUCGUGGGCGGGCCAGAACUGAAUCGGGGUCUUCCUCUUGCCACGGGCUCCCAGGGGCUGGCGCAGCACGAACUGCGGCUCCCGACUAUACGGCACACGCCGAUCAACGAGUUCAAUCGCUCUCACGCCCUGCUCUCCUUGGCAUUCCCCUGCCUCUUUCCGGACGGCAGAGCCGACUUUGUGGAGCCUCGCUUGCGGUCGAUUGAGUACAAGGAUUACAUCGAGCACGCGAUGCGGUGGCACGAAGGGCGUUUUGCGCGGCACCCAACAUUCCGUUUUGUCGCAUUCAACACCCUGAUGCGGUCCCAAGCACGUGCGCGGUCGAAAUUCUUCGUGAAGCGACAUGAUGGCACCCGUGAACCGCUCACGCGAGAGCAGCUUAUUCAGGCACUCGAACACAGCGAGGAUCCCGAGGCGCAGGCGCUGAUCAACGCCAUCACAAGGCAUGCGGUGUCGAUUCGCGGUACGCGCCCCUUUUGGAACAGAAAGAGGCAGGACCUUGAAGCGUACGCAUACAGCCUGGGCUGUCCCGGCGCAUUUAUGACAUUUAGCCCGGCCGGUUUGCACUGGCGGAGCCUCUACCAGCAUAUGCCCCGGUAUGGAGAAUGGCUGCGCGCGUCCGAGCCGGAAAGGAUGGCAUUGUCGCGGCACCUAUUGCGGCAGAACCCUCACAUUGCUGCUUUCCACUUCCACCGCCGAUACUGCUUCUUUCGAGACAUCGUGUUGCGGAAAAAAUUCAACGUCACGGAUUACUGGGAUCGGUAUGAAUGGCAAGGCCGUGGUAGUCCGCUCAACCACGGUCUGUACUGGAUGGAGGAGGGCCCAGCCGCCGACAUGGAAGACGAAGCCGCUCGUGACAUGUUUGCACGCAUAUGGGGCUUCCACAUCACGGCCGUGAACCCGGAGCCCCGCGUGGAGAUGACCUUCCUGCGGCUCUCGCAAAUCGUCAACCGCUGCCAGCGCCACAGGUGCAAUACCACGUACUGCCUGCGUGUCAGAAAAGGAAGCGGAGACCUCAAGAGGGACAUCGAAGGAGCUGCUGCCGACAUUGAGGCGGCCAAUGUAGCGAAUCCAGAAAGAGAGUGCCGCUUUGACUUCCCCCGUGCCUUGCGAGAGCUGGCCGCGGUCAUCAGGAAGGAAGGCAAGUCGUACUACAUCUUCGAGGCGGCCCGCAACGACAGCCUCAUGAACCAUUUCAAUCCUGCCAUCAUCCUGGGAUGGCUGGCCAACAUUGACAUAUCUCCGUGCACCAGCUUGCAAGCAGUCAUUACGUACGCUGCCAAGUAUUGCAGCAAAUCGGAGAAGAAGACAGAGCCUUACUGCAGGCUGGCGGAUCAGGUUUUGCCGCAUACAGCACACCACCAACCCCUGUUGUCCUUCUCCUCUCGCCUUAUGAACAAGCUGAUUGCCGAGAGAGAUUAUUCAGCGCAGGAAAUUUCCCACUUGCUGCUCAAUAUCCCACUACAGGAAGGGACUCGGAUGGUUGUGUACGUCGACUGCCGCCCGUUGGAGCAGCAUGCGCGGUCGUACCGCGUUGAUGAUGAUGUCACUGAGGCGGUCGGCAGCUACCGGAAGUAUCUGCAGAGAAAUGACCAGCAUGAGAGUAUUACGUAUCUCGAGUACCUUCAGUCGUACAAUCUCAAAACGUGGAGGAGACUUGGUGCGAACGCGAAGAAGAGAGUUCUGUCCUACUCUCCUCGGUACAGGCCAGUGGAAGCCUCAGCCCAGUUUCAUGACUUCUGCUGUGUCAAGUUGAUGAUGGCACAUCCGCAUCGCGCUCCGGAGGAGUUGCUUUCUGUGGACGGGCUGCGGUUUGAGUCCUUUGUUGCGGCGUACCAGUGCUGUCGGCAGCGACACCAUUUCCAUGAGGACGACCACUACGGAGACGUGGGAAUGAACGAGCUACAGGCGGAGGACGAUGAGUUUGAGCAGGAGGUGCAUGACGAGCCCAUCGCAGAGGACUGGCAUGAGCUCGCCCGCAUGCUGCCAGACCGGCCGCUGGAGGAAGAAGACAUCGACGUACUUGGCCGGCGAGAUAUCGACGUGAAUUAUGACUGGACUCCUCAUAUUGGACGGUAUGCCAGCGACGACAUUCUCAACGGCAACUACUGGGAGCAACGCAAGGCGGAAAGCUCCUUUCAUCUUGAUGUGGAGCAUUGGCCCUUGGAAGCACGCGAUGCCCUGAAUCGAGAGCAGCGCGUAGUGUAUGACACAGUGAUGGGUCAUUUUCUCGCCCAGGACCGUUCCCAGUUGCUACUCCAUGUGGAUGGUGGCGGUGGCACAGGCAAGUCUUAUCUCAUCAACCUGCUCUCGGCGCACCUCCAGGCCGCGACACGUGGGAGAGGGACACCUGUGUGGCGCGCCGCACCGACGGGCGUCGCAGGAAAUCAGAUAUCAGGCACCACCUUGCACUCGCUGCUUCAUCUUCCGAUCAACAAGGAUUUCAGGCCGCUCUCCGCCAUCGACAAGGCCCAGCUCCAGAAGAAGCUGAAGGAUAUUCAGUACCUAAUCAUUGACGAGAAAAGCAUGCUAGGACUGCGUAUGCUAUCGUGGAUUGACGACCGCCUCCGCGAGGCAUUUCCACAUAGGAACGAGGAGUUCUUUGGCGGACUCAAUGUCCUUUUGGUUGGCGACUUCUUCCAGCUCCCUCCUGUUCUACAGAAGCCGCUGUACUACGACAAAGAGGUGCAGGGAGUAGAGAUCAAGGGAAGGAACGCGUAUAUGCGCUUCGAUAAGUCCGUCUUCCUGAGCGUCGUUCAGCGGCAGUGCGGUGAUGAUCAGGCGGCAUUUCGCAAGGCUCUCGGAGAACUGCGGCUGCUCCAACUAUCCCACCAGUCCUGGAGACUUCUCUCCGGCCGUGUGCAGGCAAAGUUAGACGAUCAAGAGGUCGCCAGGUUCGCCAAUGCCUUACGAGUAUACGCCACGAAAGACCGGGUGAACGAAUAUAACCAUUACCACCUUGACCGCCUCAACCGACCAGUCAUCCAGGUCAUCGCUACAAACGUUGGCCCCGGCGCGGCUGCUGCUCCGGACGACAAGGCGGGCAACCUUGCGAAACAGGUCCCCGUAUGCAUUGGUGCGCGCCUGAUGCUGACGUGCAACCUCUGGCAACAAGUUGGCCUCUGCAACGGCGCUCGUGGCACAGUGUACGACAUUGGCUGGGCACCUGGCGCUGACCCCACCCGAGACAAGCCGUGUGCAAUCAUGAUGGAGUUUGACAAGUAUACCGGACCGGCAUUCCUGACCACCGCGGAUGGUAGGAAGACUGUUCCGAUUCUGGCAGUAGACAGGGACUUCCUCGUUGGAGCCACACUCUGCACUCGCACGCAGUUUCCCCUGGUCGUAUGCUAUGCCAUUGCGGUUCACAAGUCGCAGAGCAUCACCGAAGACAGGAUCGUGACCGACCUCUCCUGCCGUGACUUUCAGACAGGGUUGAGCUAUGUGGCCGUCUCGCGUGUGAAAACACUGCAGGGUUUGAUGCUCGAUGCCCCGUUCGACCGCAAUCAUCUGACAUACACAUCUCCCCCGGAGGGUAUCAAGAUGAAGAUGAGGGACCAAAGGUUUAGGAGUAGGCAGGUUCUCACUCGGAAUCCGUGGUUGCAUAACUCCACUUGA